GAAGUCCAGCGAAACCUUCCGUCGCAUCUAUUUGAAAGAGAGAAAGAACGAGAAAUAAUAAAAAUUAGCCGUUGGAAUCAACAAUGUGAUGCUUUUGGAAUGCUGUAAUCAUGAAUUCACAGCAAGACACCGAAUGGGAGUGGUGGUUAAAUUCAUUCUAUUGUCGCAGCUCCCGCCUUCGCUCUUGGCCAUCUUUCGGGCUGCAUCUUGGUAAUUUCCAUCUGCAAUUGUUGUAAGCCGACCAAACCCUAGAUUAAAAUGAUGGGUUUUGGUCAACCGUCGACCCAAUGCAAUUGGCUUUCUUUUGGACAACAAGGUUGUACAGAAGAUCAUGAGUCCCCGGAGGCUCCAGUUUCUCUGUUUGGUUAUUCAGACGACACUUACUUCAUAACAAUGAAUACAAUUUCUCAGCUUUGUAGAGAGGAGGCAGAGGUCGAUUCUGUCCAAGACAGUUAAAUUGAGUGGUUAUCCUCCACCAUCAUUUUUCUUAAGGGAAUGGAGACAAUACAAAUAGAAACAAAGAAUUAUUUAAUUUGCUUCUGAAACUAAAGCCCUCAACAAAAGGAUGUUGCUAACAGGAUAAACUUACCUCAAUUUUCAGAAGCCACUGUUCGAAAGGGAGAUUAUCUAGGACUACAACAUCUUUGGAAUCCAGCUUGCGAUUAAAGCAGUGGAGAAACAUCCUUCAAGAAACAGGGCCCAGCAUUUUUCUAUGCGGUUCAUUGAUGGAGGAGGACUCGGUUCUUACUGUCGAUACUCCGUUAUCAAAUACACCUUUCGUAAUGAAGCCGUCCCUGAACCAACGGGGGAUGCCAUCCAUCCGUGGGAUAUCUGAGUUGAAUCAGGCAAAAAAUGGAAAUAGUAUCAAGAGCUAGGCUUAUCAGCAUCGGUGUAAGAAACCGACGAACACCAUGCACGACGUACGGGAGGGACAGGGAGCAAGUCCUUGGUCAACUCACCUUAAUGUAUGGGAAAUUUUAUGCAUGGCGAGUGGUGGAAGAUCCAAAAUCAAAGCCACCGAAGUCUGAGUCUCAUGCUCUCAAUCACCUUGGUCAAAAUCUCUUUUUUCUCUCUCUUCACUACGUUGCGCCAGAGAGAUGGAAGGGAGAUCCAAGAUGAACUACCAUGACUGAGGCAUCGAACAGUUCCUAACUCCUCUCUCAUUCAUUUAUAAAUGGAAAGUAACAUCACUCCUAUGGCCUUCAAAGUUAAGCUCAGACUGAGAAGACAGCAAUGGAGAUUUCACAGAGAUUACUUUUACUCCUCUUUAAUCUCUCUCUGUUACUUUUGGCUGAGUUAGUCAAUGGGUCCACUGACACUCAAAGAAAGCCAUAUAUCGUCUACAUGGGAGACCUUCCUAAAACUGGAGCUGUCACCGCCGCAGACCACCACAGCCUGCUUUCGGCAGUUGUCGGAAGUGACAGAAUGGCCAGAGACUCCACAAUCCACAGUUAUGGAAGGAGCUUCAAUGGUUUUGCAGCGAGGUUGUUACCACAUGAAGCAAAGAUUCUCUCUGAGAAAGAGGGUGUUGUAUCGGUGUUUCCAAACACUAUGCGCAAACUUCACACGACAAGAUCAUGGGAUUUCUUAGGAAUGCGUGAAAAGAUGAAGAAAAGGAACCCCAAAGCAGAGAUCAAUAUGGUCAUUGGUUUGCUAGAUACAGGAAUUUGGAUGGACUGCCCCAGUUUCAAAGAUGAAGGAUAUGGGCCCCCCCCAACCAAGUGGAAGGGCAAAUGUAGCAACUCCUCAGGCUUCACUGGAUGUAACAACAAGGUCAUCGGCGCAAAGUACUAUGAUCUGGACCACCAACCCGGUAUGUUGGGUGAAGAUGACAUACUAUCACCGGUCGACACGGAUGGGCAUGGCACACACACGGCCUCCACGGCUGCUGGAAUAGUAGUAAAAAAUGCCAGCUUGUUUGGCGUAGGUAAAGGGACAGCCCGAGGAGGGGUGCCAUUAGCACGUAUAGCCAUGUAUAAAGUAUGUUGGUAUACUGGCUGCUCUGACAUGAAUCUCCUAGCGGGGUUUGAUGAUGCCAUUGCGGAUGGGGUUGAUGUAUUAUCAGUGUCCAUUGGGGGAACUGUUGGACCAUUUUUUGAAGACCCCAUAGCCAUUGGAGCUUUUCAUGCCAUGAGAAGGGGAGUCCUCGUAUCUAGCUCGGCUGGGAAUGAUGGGCCUUUGGAAGCAACCGUCCAGAACGUUGCGCCCUGGAUACUGACUGUAGGUGCUACUGGUCUUGAUAGGGAGUUCCGGAGUCAAGUUAAGUUGGGCAAUGGCAUGAAAGCUUCUGGAGUUUCAGUGAACACAUUUUCACCAAGGAAAAAAAUGUACCCUCUAACUAGUGGAACCUUAGCAUCCAAUUCCAGUGGAGCAUACUGGGGAAAUGUCAGUGCUUGUGACUGGGCUAGUUUAAUCCCAGAGGAGGUGAAGGGAAAGAUUGUGUACUGCAUGGGAAAUAGAGGUCAAGAUUUCAACAUCAGGGACCUUGGUGGGAUCGGCACAAUCAUGUCGCUUGAUGAGCCAACAGACAUUGCCUUUACCUUUGUCAUCCCAUCAACCUUUGUCACCAGCGAGGAAGGAAGAAAGAUAGACAAAUAUAUCAACUCUACCAAAAAGGCUCAGGCAGUUAUAUACAAGUCAAAAGCUUUUAAAAUAGCUGCCCCAUUCGUGAGUUCUUUCUCAUCUAGGGGACCCCAAGAUCUCAGUCCCAACAUCCUCAAGCCUGAUAUUGUUGCACCGGGGCUGGACAUAUUGGCUGGUUACUCAAAGCUAGCACCUAUAUCAGGGGAUCCAGAGGACAGGCGGUUUGCAAAUUUCAACAUUUUAACGGGAACAUCUAUGUCUUGCCCUCAUGUAGCAGCUGCUGCUGCGUAUGUUAAAUCCUUCCACCCGAAAUGGUCACCGGCUGCAAUCAAGUCUGCACUCAUGACCACAGCCACAACUCUGAAGAUCAAGGACAAUGCGCUAGGAUCAGGCUCCGGUCAAUUAAACCCAAGAAUGGCAGUGCACCCUGGCCUAGUCUACGACAUCCCCACAAGUGGAUACAUCCGUUUCCUGUGCAAGGAAGGCUAUAAUAGCACAACCAUCGGUCUACUCACAGGUGGAAAGCAGAAAUACAAGUGCUCCAAUUUCAGGCCUGCACUGGGAUCAGAUGGUCUCAACUAUCCUUCCAUGCAUCUCCAAAUUAAGGACCCAACGGCUAGAUUCUCAGCAGUCUUCUAUCGAACAGUAACCAGUGUAGGGCAUGGAGCCUCUGUGUACAAGGCAACUGUGAAAGCAACCAAGGGUCUUUCAGUUAGAGUUGUUCCCAAUACUUUGUCAUUUCAAAAGGCGCAUCAGCGGAGGUCUUUCAAGGUUGUGUUGAAGGGAAAGCCUAACAACUCUCGGAUUCAAUCAGCAUUUCUGGAAUGGAGUGACUCUAAGCACAAAGUCAAGAGUCCUAUCCUCGUUUACCGGCAGUCAAUUUAGCUAAUAUUUUGGUUUCUAAGGUUUUCCUCCUGAUAGUUUGAUCAUUACCAACAGAUUAUGUAGCCUUCAAUUUAGCAUUCUUUUGGUCAUUUCCCAUUCUUCCCAUAUUGUAAUUUAAUCUUUGAUUUCUUAAAAUAAUCUCUUCCGGCCA